AUGCCACCACCAAACAUACCCGUUACCCAAGACACAAGCGAAACCGAAUACGUUCCCGAAACCCAGGUCGAAUCCUCUUCUAUAAAAAAAAGAAGUAAUAAAAAGAAGGAUGAGACCGAAAAACGUACCCCUAAGAAGUUUGAAUUUUGGUCGCCUAAGGAAGAGUUCGAGUUGGCAAAAGCAUGGCUCGACGUGUCGGAGGACAAGAUUGUUGGAGACGACCAAGACAUAAAGGUAUUUUGGGGUCGUAUACGCGAGAAGUUUUUCGCCGCAAUGGGUCGUGGCGUGUAUCGAACCGCCGACUCUUUUUUGGGAAAGUGGGGUGCUAUGAUGACGAAGGUUAGCAACUUCAACAACAUAUACAAUAACCUCGUCAAUAACACUCGAAGGAGAAGUGGUGCGAGCGACGUCGAUGUCUUGACAGAAGCCCAUAACGACUAUAGAAUGCACCAUGGGCAUAUGUUUACGUUGGUAACCACAUGGGAACUUCUUCGCAAAUCUCCAAAGUGGCAUCUUGUGCCACCGUUCGACCCAACCCGCCCUAGAUCCAAACAGUCCAAAUCGACAUCCACCACCGAACCAUCUGGGUCCGAUGCUCGGAUAAUAAUUAAUCAAAACGAGGAUGCUGACGAGUUUGAAGAACCACAACAACAAGAGCUGCCUCGUCCAACUGGUAGGGAUAAAAGUAAAGGCAAGGCAUGUGGAAAGUAG